CUUCUCAUUAACGUGACGCCCCUUGUAGUUUCGUACCCACUUGUUGGUAACAAGGCUUCUUUUAGGCCUUGUUUGACCCAUGUCAAACCCAACUGGUGGAUCAGUGACCGGUGCCACCUCUCUUUUCCGACCUUCUAUACUUACGGUCACCUCUGAUUUUUCUCACCCGGCAAAUGGCUUGUCCACAGGAGCUGGAGAUGCGACAGGUCAUCAGACAACUGCACUUCCCAUUAUUGAGCCAGCGACGACUAUACAUGGAGUCGAUCCACAACCCGUACCCAACGUCGAAAAAUCAGUGCCUAGCGACUAUGUGUUUGGUUCUAACAUUUCUUCUCGUGUUGUGAAUGCUGACACUACUCACGGGGCCUCUUCUAGCCUCCUAACUGUGACCUCGACCAGUCCUUUGAGCCAGCGACGACUAUACAUGGAGUCGAUCCACAACCCGUACCCAACGUCGAAAAAUCAGUGCCUAGCGACUAUGUGUUUGGUUCUAACAUUUCUUCUCGUGUUGUGAAUGCUGACACUACUCACGGGGCCUCUUCUAGCCUCCUAACUGUGACCUCCGACCAGUCCUCCUCCUCUGUAUUCACCGAAUUAGCUAAAGCUGUUUCCUCAAAACCCAUUGAGUCUAACUCCAAAACGCUUGCUGAUUCUGUGAACAAGAUAACGGAAGACCAAAAACAUUCGGCUUUGAACUUAUCGGAAAUUGACCCAGUUACUGGAGAAGAAGAUGAACUCCCCAUAUUUCGACAACAUUGCCGUGCGUACAUAUUUGAUACGGAGAAGCAGAAAUGGAAUGGUUUGGGUGGAAGUCACUUUCAUUUAAAUGACUCCAGGCCAGAGGGGCUACCAGACCAAUCUGGUUUUCGAUCGCGUAUAGUGGUGCGUUUAGCCUCGACUAGGCGAGUGAUAAUAAAUAGCCCUAUAUGGGCAGACAUGCCAGUGGCCCUUGUCAAUUCUCGAAAUCUUCGAAUAGGCGCAAUCAGUGAAGAUGGGGGACAUAUUCGAAGUUAUCUCUUCACGUUUUCUUCGGAUGAACUGGCGUGUACAUUAUUUGAUUUACUCUCUGUUCGCAAGGAGAAAGUCGAACCGCUCAAGAAAGUCGAAUCGCCUCCCAACACAAUAGGCCAUAAACGUUCUGCUGACGUACCGGCAGGUGGUCCAAGUCCCAAGCUAGCAACUCGAAACUCCACUGCUUCGGAUAUCCGGUGUUCCCAACCCGAUUCCAACGACCAUACUACUGCCCAUUUCCCUCAAUCCGUUUUUACCCCAAAUACAGAUGAACCGGAUGUCCCAGCAGGUGGAACUCCAGCCAAGGUUUCCGAUGAUUCGGUCAAACCACCGUGUAAAUCAACCCUUGUCAGCACGGUCAAUACCGUUGUUGAACAAUUCCGCAAAUUUCGUUCCCAGAAUUUCCUGGAUUUCUCGCGUUCGCCACAGGUUAUUGACCCAGAAGAUGGAUAUAUCGCUCUAGAGUUGAAUUGUCAACUUUAUUCUUUCGAUGAGGAAAAACGCGACUGGCUGCAACGUGGAGCUGUCGAUAUAUGUGUCAUAGAUGUAUCAUCUGAAUCAGCUUCCCUGUCCAGUUGCGCUGACGACAAUCCGCGAAAUACCACCAUACCUGCUCAAUCCUUUUUGACUAUUAAUACGGCUGGGACCCACAACUUGUUAACGGCAAUUCCUGUUUGGUCUGGUACGACUGCCUGCUUGGUAGAUGAGCGUGUUGUCCAGCUGAUUACGGCGAUGCCGGGUUACAAGGGUGAUGACAGCUCAGCAGUUACGCCAGAAGUCAGCGCCUAUUUGAUCGUGAUGCAGUCACCUGAAGCUGCUACAAAGUUCUAUCAAACAGUUGUAUCGCGUAUUGACUCAGUGAAAGAACAUUAUUCUCGGCAGCGGAGGGAGGCUUCAUGUGAUCUGUUUUCUGAGGUACAUGCGGCAUCAGAAACGAGUCAGCCUCAACCUUCCACAGAUCCACUAAAAACUGCUUCGCCCAACCGAUCCGUUUGAGUUGAACUUACUACCUGAUCAGCACUCCCUUCUGAUAUCCGUGCUAGUUGGGAGUGUGUUAGCCAGCUGUCGCCCUUGCUAACACUCCUCUUUGUUCCAUACCGUCUUCCCAAUGCCAAAAUCUUGGUGUCUGCCAAGGUGCCCUGCAACCUCUCCACAGGGUGGCCCGCUUUUUUCCAUAACCUGUACUGUUGAACAUAUACU